AUGAGCCCAAGUACUGUGGGAGCGAACAAUGUUCUCAACGAAGAUAACUACUUCGCAUGGGAAUUUAUGGUGCGGAUAAAGCUCGCCAAGAAAAAGCCGCUGGAGCACAUUGACGUGACGAAGGCACCGAGAGGAGAUGACGCUAAUGUGUCAUUUGGGAAAGUCAACGACAUGAAGGCCUAUGCAAACGUUUGCACGAUGAUCAGCCCAAGCCUUCAGUCCAUGGUUCGGGAUGCAGCGACGGCUGCAGAAGCGUGGGGGUUUUGA